GGCGUGAUCUCGCGCCACCCGGAAAAACGUUAAAGUUGUUUAUCUUUUCUUUGAGUGCAGUGGUGUUCCGCGAGGCAAGUAUACACCAGUUACUUACACCAUGUUCUAAGUUCAUAUUUAUGAUAUCAAAUAGGAAAAUGUACAAUAUUUAGCCACCAGAAUGAUCAACAAUCCGGUUGCUUUGAACUUGCCUUGUUAUUUUUGUGCUGGAUUUAUCCAGUUACAUUUGAGUCCUAAACUCAUUUUAUCAGUUUGUUCACUAACGCAAUGAAAGCACAAGAUUUGGGGGGCGGAUUCGGUCAGGGCAGCUGCCAUGCGAACGUUCUUGCAGGAGCUCAUAACCGUUCACGCUAACGUUAGCCACGUAGCAUCUGAUAGUGGCUUAGAAGAAGGCUACAACAAUCGGAUAUGAAAUGUGUGAUUAUGAUUGGCAGACUGCCUCCUUCCUGGCGAGGAAUGGACGCUACUCAGGCUGUCAACGACUCCUUAUUUGAGUCAGAUGAGGAGGAAAAGGAAGAGAAGCCAACCAAGCCACGGCAACCUUUAGCCAAGCUCUGCAUCUUGAAGAAUGAUCACGUUCCUGAAAGAGAAUUUCCCCUUUUUAUGGGCGAUAACGUGCUCGGUCGUGACGUUAGCACCUGCACGCUGCCCUUGCUGGCGCCCUCCGUGUCUAAACAGCACGCCGCCAUCCGCAUCUCCCUCCAUCAGAGGCGAGGAUCCCGCAGCGGAGUGGAGAUUGAGGCCGUGGUGCGCGACUUGGGCAGCAUGAACGGCACCCGCAUUGGCCGCGUCAAGUUGAUCCCCAACAUACCUUACCCCCUCAGCGAGGGGAACCGUCUGUUCAUGGCGGACAUGCCAUGUCAGUACCUCGGCAUAGACGACGCACACCAAAACAUCGGGGGUCGGCCGUUGGGCGUUGGUAUCAGUUUAGCGAAGGAUUCUGUCGAGAAGAGAGAUGGCCUCAAGGUGAGUGCCGGCCAGAUGUCGCAGGCUUGGGCUAAGGUUUCGCCUCUGGGUAAAGCAGAGAAGAAGCCUGCAAAGAACAGCUGUGUGUCGUUUGAGGCCACUCCAGUCCAGCCGCAGCGGACUCUGGUUCCGGAAUCGGAGUCGGACUCUGACGGGGAGGGGCCGAGGAACAGAGAGAGCCGGCGCAAGCUUCAAGGAUCAGAUUCCAGCCCCACCUGCUCAACCUUCUUGAGUCCCACAAACAAAAUAGUCCCUGAAAGUCCCGACUGUGCGGAUGGAACACCCAUCACGCCGUCAUCAUCGACCAGAGAGACGUCUCACGGUCAUGUCAGUUUCGGCAAAGAAGAGUCAGACGUGGAUGCUGGGGGACAGCAGAAAAAGGACACGCUAGCGUUUGUGGACGACAGUGACGAGGAGCGUGCGGGGGCGGCAGAAAAUGGCCCUACGCCGGGAACGGCGGACUUUGCGCUAGAGCAGCUGAAAACCCCGGCCAGCUUUACGGAGGUGGAGUCGCCGCAACGAUCCACAAGCACCGCGGCCCCACAUGCCAUCUCUAAAUUUAACAUGGACAGCGACACUGAUGUGGAGGAGGAUGCUGGCGAGCCCAAAGCGGUGCCUGACCAGACAUCGGACGUGGAUUGCUUUCAUAUGGACAGCGAUACAGAUGUGGACGACGACACAGGCACCCCAUCGGCACCCCCCGCGCCGCCCCAGGAAGGUGAAGGUCAUCCUGACGUGAAAGCCGAGGGUAAAAAAGGUGAUGCGGCGCCUCCGUUGCUGCCAGAUGACUUCCAGCUCGACAGCGACACAGACGUGGACGAGGAGGCUGACGGCAACAGCGGGGAUACGGCACCCACCGGGCUAGCCUCCAUUGGGAACGUUUCAGAGCCAGAAGACGACCAGGCCGUCCUCGCUCUUAAUACACAAGCAAAUGUCAGUGAUUCGGCUGCGGGAUCACAUAACAGCAAUGCGGUCCAAGAUCCUCCCCGCUCGUCACCACCUGUCGCCACCGCGCCCUCCUCAGCCACCCCCGGUAUCGCCGCGGCAGCAGCUGCUCAGUCAGAAUCUGACAAAGACACAGAUGUGGAUGAGUCCAGUGCGCCCCCUGCUGAACGGGACAGUGAUACAGACGCGGAAGAAGAGGAAAAUGCAAUAAGUCUUCCACGGACGGAAGGUUUACAGUUUCCACGUGUGCAAAAUUGCUCGACCCCUGUGCAACUGCCAGAAGGAGACGUGGAACAGAUGGCAACCCAAGCUUUCCUCGCACCUUCCCUGGAUCCAUUUGAACGUGUCUUCAACGGUGCGGGUAGAGCGGCGACCUUAAACGGCCAGGAGGACGAAGAGGACUUUGCUGUGGCCGAAACGCAAUCGUUCAUCCUUCAGCCCCAAGGGCAGAUCCGCAGUUGCGACAAUGGCGCCAAGCCAGCCUCGGGCUGUAAGUCACCCGGCGAGGGCACGGACGAACUGGCUAGCGGGGGAAUUACUUCCAGCUUCCAGCUGGGGUUGUCUGACAGCAGCCACCUUCAGAGUGCGGCCCAAGCUCUGGCAAUGGAGAGCACGCAGGCCUUCGACUCUGAUCCGAAUACAAAGCCACUAAAUGCAGACACGACGGCCUCGCUUGGCAACGACGUCAACAUCGAGGCUACCCAGGCCUUCGAGGCCCGCCAGGCACCCGACAGUAGUCCGCCCAUGCCCGCGGUGAAUACGAAGAUAAAUCUUGCUUUUCAAGAAACGCAGGCCUAUAUUUCAGAGCCUUGCAGUGAGUCUGAAGAAGAGCCGAAGGAAAAGACCGAGACCCGACCUCCUUUUGACUCGCCCAUCUCGCUUUUGGCUGAAACCAAACUCGCGGUUGCUCGUCGUCCAAGAGAAGCCGAGGACCCGAGCGCAGAGCAGCCGCAGCUGGAAGAAGCAACUCAACUUUUGACCGACGUGGACAUCGUGGAAAGGCAGCCUGCAGCUGCAAGUCAAACGGAAGACAGUCAUGGAGAAGACGCGUUGGAAGUCUUAUCCGAAACAAACGUACAACUCGACGAAGUCGCGCAGCCCAUUGCGAGUUCUUCUGCUUGGACUGCGAAUUGUCAGCUUAUGAGUAUGGUCGCAACCCAGCCCAUGGCUACGAGCGAGAUUGAAGAAAGCGACGAUGAAGACCCCAUUCCUAUCUGGGCUCAAGGAAAAGUAGAGCUUGAUAAAGAAAUCAAAGCCAACAUGAGUUCUUCUGCUUUGCCCGCUGAUCAUCAACCUUGGGGUUUAGCCGCAACCCAGCCCAUGGCUGCGACUGAAAUUGAAGAAAGCGACGACGAGGACUCGAGUCCAGUUUCGGCUGAAGGAAAAGGACAGCUUGAUCGAGAAAUGAAACCCAAAGGGAGUUCUUCCGCUUUGCUCGCGAGUCAUCAGCCUUGCCUUGUAAAUUUGAGUAAACAUGAGGAAACCGUCAGCAAAAACUCAACUGAAGUCUCGCAUGAAAGUAAAAUGAAGUCAAAUAACGAGGAAAGCAAAGAUGAAGACUUGAUUGCAGUCUUACGUGAUAGAAAAGCGCAGCUUGAUCAAGACCGACAACGUCAUCCAAAUUCUUGCAGUUUAGCGGCUCAUCAUCUGUCUUUGAGUAUCGCCCCCACCCAGCCCAUGACGCUGAGUGAAAAUGAGGAAACGGAUCUCGAAGACUCAGUCGAAGUUUUGCACCAGAGCAAACUGCUACUCAAUAAAGAGACGCUAGCCAGGACAGGUUCUUGCGCAGUUCCAACCCCGCCUGCGAGUAGAGCUGCGACCCAGCCGACGGCGACAAGCGAGGAGAGCGAUGAGGAUGAGGACUCGCUUCCAGUCUUGCGUGGUAGAAGAAAAGCGAGGCCGCUGCAAAUCAUCGAGGACACGCAGUCCUUCGGCGGUACUCUUGAAAUCCCAUCAGACGGUUGGAAUGAGAAAAGUCCGUCAAAGAACGGAGCCGAAGGCCUAGGGGGCAGUAAUGAGCCCCCGUCGGUAACUCCGAUACAACCAGAAGAAGAGGAGACUCGGACUAAUUUUGACAGCUUGCCGAAAAACGAUGAAGAUGAACCGGAUCCUGGUCAGGAAGAAAAAGCCAAAGUUUCUUCUGCUGGAACUCCGCCCAUGGACACGUGUGAAGAGGAAGAAGCCGACAGCGAGAUCUUCAUCCCCGGCUCGAGGAAAAGAAAAGCCAAGCCGUUGCAAAUUGAAGAUGAGACUCAGUCGCUCGUAUCUCCUCAAGGCGAGGACGAGAGAUGUGAGAUCCCAAAUUCUGCACCUUCUGCGGUUGACUGUCCGCCAAAGAGCGCCGAGGAACCAGGCCCGCGGGCCCAACAGAGUCGAUCUGAAGUCGGAACGAGUGUCGCUGUCAAACGCUCAAAAGAAACGCGGUCCCAAUUGAGAGAAAAGGAGGAGCCCAGGGAAAAAAGACAAACAAGAAGCAAGAUGGGGAAGCCCGGCGUAGCUGGGAGCGCGCUUGAGGAAGAGGCCACCAGGCGGCAGAGCGAUCCCCUCGGGGUUCGAGGCGGGAACCAAGAGAGACGACAAGGUCCAAAUGGAAAGAAGGGAGGAGAAGAAACGGAACAGUCGCAAGCGGCGGAGGAUCGACAAAGACGCCAGAGACUGGAAACCAAAGAACAACCCGGACGGGAGAAAGCAGACAAAGCGCCUCAACGCAACCGAGAAGGAAAACCUGAGGCCACGCCGAGAGGCCGAAGAGGAACCAGAAGAACCGCUGCCGCUCUUCCCGUAGCGGCCGCAGAUCAAGACGACGGCCCGGCCAAGAGGACCAGAUCGCGCUCUAACUCUGUCAGCUCUGAGGUGUCCGCUUCGAGCGCCCAAGGAAGUCGAGGCCGAGGGCCGCGGACGUCCGAUGGUUCCGCCGCCAAACGACCACCGGAGCAGGACAGUCGCGGCACUCCUACCCCGGGUGCGCUUUCCAGAUCCAGCUCCUCCAACUCCCUGGCUUCGGACAUGUCUUGCAGCAGCCUCGGCUCUCGGAGAGGGGCGGCGGGGAGGCAACCAGGAAGCGGGCGCAAAACCGAACCCGGGCCCAGCUCAAUCGGCCCGCCUAUCUCCAGUCAGAGUCCCGCUCCUGCACCUCGGUCGCGGGGCCAAAGGGGCAAGACGGUAGACGUUUCCCCCACUUCGCUUUGUGAUGCGAAUGACAAGGGGAAGCCCGCUUCAAAACGGGCGCCGGUCACGAGGGGGGGAAGGCGAGCAACUGUAACAGAAGCCUCAAAUGCAUGUGAGGGGAACAACUCCGCCAGUGAAUCUCCCCUCCCUCAAAGAAACAUCAGGGGUAGAGCUCAGAGGACGGUAAAAGGUGAAGUCUUCGAGGCGCUGGUCACCCCCCGGGGCAGCAAUGAGGUGGAGGCCAAAGACGCGGUCCAAGGCAGGAAGCGAGUGAUGAAGGCAGAAGUGCAAGAUGAGAAUCCAGAUCCAGUCCAGGCCAAGAGAAGAGCCAAAGCAUCCUGUGCUCAGGGGGGCAGGAAUGCGUAUGGAAAUGCGACAUCCGUCCGCGGUUCUGGUCAAGGCGCCCAGGGAGAUCCUUCCGUGAAAUCCUCCCCCGUGACCACCAGCAACUCUUCCGCUUUCCUGUCACAGAGUUGCCGACCAUGUGAUGCCAGCCACUCUUAUAAGGUGCUGUUCACAGGCGUGGUGGACGAAACCGGGGAGAGAGUACUGGCCCGUCUUGGAGGCUCUGUGGCUAAUGGCACCGCAGACAUGAACUGCCUCGUGGCGGACAAGGUGCGCCGGACUGUCAAGUUCAUGUGCGCGGUGGCCAAGGGGAUCCCCAUAGUCAACAUACACUGGCUGAACAAGAGCGACAAAGCCGGGAGCUUGCUGCCACCCGACGCCUUCAUCCUGAGCGAUCCAGAGCAGGAGAAGAAGUUCAAUUUCCGGCUGAAGGAGUCUCUGAGGCUGGCCAGCAGCCAGCCUCUCUUUCAGGGCUACAAGAUCCACAUCACCAAGUCGGUGAAGCCCGAGCCACACCAGAUGAGAGACAUCAUUUCCUGCAGCGGAGCCAGCUUUCUCCCUAAGAUGCCUUCUUCACACAAGCCUCACACGUUGGUGAUCUCCUGCCCGGAGGACUGGCCGCUGUGCCGCGCAGCCGUCUCGGCGUCGCUCCCGGUCGUCUCGGCCGAGUUCGUCUUCUCCGGGAUCCUGCAACACAAAUUGGACUUUGAUGCUCACAAGCUGUCCGCCCCCCCACCGCCCCAGCCGAAGCCUGACGACGGCAGAAGGCGGAGCAGGCGGCUGAUGUAGCAUCCGGUAGAGCUUUUUGACAUUAACAAAAUCGACUCUUUUGAGAAGAUGUCCCAAAAAAUGUACAGCAUCAGAGCUGCAAAAGUUUGAAUGUCCAACAUUUGGAGAUAAUUACUCACAAAAAGUUGUGCGUGUUCCCAGAAAAUUCACGGAAAAGCCACGUGUCAGGUGUUAAACGUCACACUCCUGUUAGUUGGGCAUAUCUCUAUACACACCUGUGGCUCUCGGACUACUCAGAACAACUAACAAGUGUAGGGCCUAAUCAAUAUUUAGCUGUUUAAGCCCCCCCCCCCCCCAAAAAAAUACACAUUAACAUAAAAUAGAAGAAAAUAUUGUAAAGCAUUGAAAUAUUCUGCUCAUAAUUCAUUUCUUUAUCAUGAUUGUAAGUGUUCAGGGACCAAAAAAGAAGACAUUUUAGUCAAUAUAUGUAUAUUUUUUUACAAUUAAUCAGGCUACUAUUUGGGCGAUUAAUCAGUCCUCAAAAUUGUAUUCUACUCAAUAUCAGGCUGAAAAAAAAUCCUGAUCAGUCGGUGCCCUAGACGAUUGCGUCAUCAGUUUCCUGUCCAUUUUGUCAACUUUUUUUUUUUUAACAUAAAUCUUCCAGCUUUUACAAGCAGGAUGAAAGGGCCUAACGACUCAGCUCGACGUGGCAACUUCCUGCCGCGCGCUUGUUGACUCCAUCGGUUCAUCUAGGAAAACGGCUCGCAUUCGGUUGCCGUGUACUUACCGUCAGUAUUUUUUAAAUCAAGCAUUAUUUAAAGCGUGCCGGAUGGGAAUAUUGAGCCGUUCAUUAUCCCAGUCACCUCCCCUUUGCCACUGAAAGCGCUCGUGGACGCUUCUUGGUAAUCAGCUGUUUGUCAAAGCGGGGAAAUCAUGUUUGUGCGGUGAAACACCCCCCCCCCCCCC